ACUAGUCAGUACACCCACGCUCAAGACGUCACAAAUGUUGAGUUGCCUUCCUGAUCGCUGGCGUUCUUUUGAUUUCAUGGCCGUUUGGGAUUAUUUUGAUUUCCUAUAAAAGGAAAAGGAAUUACAGUGCAAGCUAAGAAUUGAAAAGAUGCUUCGGUGAGGUUUUGAAGCUACAGAAAUGUCCGAGUACGAUUUUGACGACAGCGGUCUUAGGCCCAUAGAAGAAAGAUGGCCACCUCUCGGAGCGGCGAACCCGUCAGAAAAUGGCUACAAAAGCUCGGAAGACGAACGGCAUUUAGAGAAGGCAAGGGUGCAAGAGCUGGAAGAGGAACAUGAAGAGCUGAAUUCCUCCCUGCUGGCACUUACUACACAUUUUGCACAGGUACAGUUUAGGCUGAAGCAAGUGGUUGCUGCACCUGCCGAGUCAAAAGAGAAACUGUUGUUAGCCCUGGAGGAAUUUGCAUUUCAAGGGUGCCCAGAUGUGAGAGCUGGAAGUCACCGUGACACAGGAGGAAGCUGUACACCAAUGCAGGAUGCAAGGAGUCCAGAAAAGAGACUCAGUGAGGAGAAGCUGAAGCAGGAACGUCUAAUUGGUCAGCUCAAGGAUCAAUUGGAAGAGAUGGAGAGAUGUGUGGCGGAGGGAGCUAGUGACAGUCUUGGCAAUGAGAUGAGUCCCGAGCAACUAGUUGAGAAACAAAGAAUAGUCUUAGAGCAACUCAAAAAGACCCCCAAUAAAGCCAAUCUAAAACUUGACAUUGGGAAUCUGCAUCAGUCAAGGAUAAACACUCGGAAACGACGGGCAAGAAUAGGACUCAAGUUGGAUGGUAUUGACAAAAUGAGUGAAGAAGAUGUGAGACGAAAUGUGGAUGCAGCCUUAGGGAAUGCACUCAACCCUGAGAAAACAAAGGAACAAAUUGUCAAGCAGCUGACAAACCAGAUCAUGGACCUGGAAAGAUUUGUGCAGUUCCUUCAAGGAGAAGUGAAUGAUGAUCAACCCAAGACAGAGAAGCACUUCCAAUACCCAUGUACGCAAUACCCAUUCCAAGUGUCUGAGAUGGAAAAGAGACCGCCUACACACAAAGAGAAAUACAAGCUGAACAAUACAGCCUCAUUCAGGAGGAGCUCUUCGUCCCUAGCAGACCUGCAGAGGUCGCAGCGCGCCUUUGCGGCAGAUUAUCCAUUAGAGGGCUCAGAUGAUGCUGGUGAUGGUUGCUGCUUGCAUGUUCCUGCGAUCCCGGCGACCCCAGAACAAGCGCGCAGUAAGAGGAUUCGUGAUGCCAGUGUGGCCAUUAUCCGUCGUGCUUUGGCCAUCUUACAGAUAUUUGCAAUCAGUCAAUUUGGAUGCACUGGGAAGCAGAUCCAAGACCAAAUAAUACAGAAAGCGACAAACGUCGCUAUCCCUGGAUACUUUGACUUGCUGGCCAAGCUCCAGAGUGCCGUGGACAAGGUGGCAAGUCUCAAGUAUGCGCUAGACCAGAUGGAAGGCGACUUCUCAGAGCCUUGCUCUCCUUGCUCCCCUGACUCUGUCAAGAGCUUGAGCAGGCAGAGCUCCAGGCGAUCAAGGUCCAGCUCCAUGUGCUCUGUCGACACGGCUAUAAUGGAAGAGAAGUUCAACUACGCGCGAGACGGAGAGCUUGUGAACGCUGUACGCAAAGACCUCUCCAUGGCACUGAAGGAAUUACUUUCACAUGGACUAGUCAGGUCUGUAGAUAGCCGCAUCAUCUCAUCCAAAUCUCUUGUUGCCUGUAUCGUACCGACCACGCGCACAUCGUUACCCAAGAAAAUGCAUGUCUGGGAACUCUUCAACGAGUACUACAAUCUCAAACACGGUCGGGAAUAUAACUCGACACCGGCGAGUAGGCUAUCCGAGGCUUUCGGUAUACAAGUGGAUGGGAGCUCAGCAGUUACAGGGAAGCAGACCCUUCUUCGGACGUUACACCGCAUUAAGUCUACACACGAGCCUUGUCGGCGGAGCAUGGACGCCAUGUUCAAGUCUCUCGUCUGCUCCGGACUAAACCAAAAGAAGCUGGUUCAGUGGUGCCGUAUAGUGAUGCGGACGUCUUGUUUGGUGGAAGAACACUACCAGUCGUGGUCAUACGUGGUCAAAACAGGAAUGUCAGAGGCGAUGGGUUCCCUGGACAGACUUCAGCCGUUCGACUUCUAUUUGCCGGAAGACCUGGCCAUCCGGCAUCUAACUAAGAUCAACGACGCGUUCGGCGAGCCAUGAAAUUCACCCAAUUCACGAAAUUGUAGCAUGUAUUGAAAGUGCAAAGGGUAAGGGAUCGACCUUUAGAUACUUCAGGGGAUGGGGGGAGGAAGUCGACAACCGCCUUCCCUUAAUAUGAAUCGAGUAGUCUCCAGAAGCAAGGAAAGAGAUGUUUUCUUAUUAUCCUUCAUUUUGAGCGCGCAGGAUCACUUCUACCCCUUUUCCACUACCCGUCUUGCACUUGCAACGCAGGCUGAAGAAAUUGUAAAUAUAUUUAAGGGAGUAGGUAAUCAAUAUUAUAUUGUCGGUCUGGCUGUGGUACUCUGUAGCCACAGGUAGCUUGAACUGCCGAUAGGGCAUCAGAGAAUCAUUGGAGGGGAAGGGAGGGAGGGGCUCAACAAGAAGGCCAUAUAAAUAUGUCAUAGUGCAAGGGGAUUAGAGAAUACAAGAAGCAAAAUGAGCAUGUCAGUAAAUGUCGAGUUAUUUUAAAUUAUAUGGUCCUAGGACAAUUAAAGAAAAAAUAUAUUUUAGGAGGUCGAUAAAAUGUAGAAAUGUGACUGGGACCAUCACCAUCACCAUUGAAGAUUAUGAAAGACUAGGACAUUCCUUCAAUGUGAUGGUGGCCGUGUCUAUUCUAAGCCAGUUGCCUUCCUAGCCAUCAGUGCAACAAGUGGUGUGCAUUGGCUACUGAAGUAGAGUCUGAAAUAAAAUUACCGGUAAAUGCG